AAAAGUAAUAUGGCCCCUCAGCCAGACCCAGCCAGCCAAUCAAAUUAAAGCUCUCACACUGUAACAUUUUUAGUCUAUUUCUUACUUCAACACUUGAUCCUGUCUCUCUCUUUCGCUCUCUCUCUCUCUUUGGGACUCCUGUCCAGACGACCCAACAUGUCUCACCGUAAAUUCCACGCCCCCCGCCACGGGCACAUGGGCUUCCUGCCCCACAAGCGGAGCAAGAAGCAACGAGGAAAGGUGCGCACCUGGCCCAAGGACGACGCCAGCAAGCCUGUCCACCUCACCGCCUUCCUCGCCUACAAGGCCGGCAUGACCCACACCCUCCGAGAGGUCCACCGCACCGCCCUCAAGCAGUCCAAGCGUGAGGAGGUAGAGGCAGUUACCAUCCUGGAGACCCCCCCUGUCAUAGUGGUGGGCAUUGUGGGCUACAUCGACACCAUCCGCGGACUGCGCAGCUUCAAGACCGUCUUUGCCGAGCAUAUCAGUGAUGAGUGCAAGCGCCGCUUCUACAAAAACUGGUACAAGAGCAAAAAGAAGGCCUUUACCAAGUACAGCAAGAAAUGGCAAGAUGAAAGUGGAAAGAAGCAACUUGAAAAGGAUUUUGCAUCAUUGAAGAGAUACUGUUCAGUCAUCAGGGUGAUCGUCCAUUCUCAGAUGCGUCUGCUGCCCUUCAGGCAGAAGAAGGCCCACAUGAUGGAGGUGCAGCUAAACGGAGGCAGCAUUGCGGCCAAGGUGGACUGGGCCAGGGAACACUUUGAGCAGGCGGUGCCUGUCUCUGCUGUCUUCUGCCAGGACGAGAUGAUCGACGUUAUCGGAGUCACCAAAGGCCACGGGUUCAAGGGUGUGACGAGCCGCUGGCAUGUCAAGAAGCUACCCAGGAAGACCCACAAGGGCCUGAGGAAGGUUGCCUGCAUCGGGGCCUGGCAUCCGGCCCGCGUCAGCUACACCAUUGCCCGCGCUGGCCAGAAGGGUUACCACCACCGCACAGAGUUAAACAAAAAGAUCUACCGUGUGGGUCAGGGGCUCCGUGUCCAGGAUGGGAAGGUGGUCCAUAACAACGCUUCCACAAACUAUGAUGCCAGCCAGAAAUCCAUCACCCCACUGGGCGGUUUCGUUCGCUACGGUGAGGUGAAGAAUGACUUCCUCAUGGUGAAGGGCUGUGUGGUGGGAGUCAAGAAGAGAGUCCUCACACUCAGAAAGUCGUUGUUGGUUCACACGUCUCGCAAGUCCCUGGAGACCAUCGAUCUGAAGUUUAUCGACACCACGUCAAAGUUCGGUCACGGCUGCUUCCAGACCGCCCAGGAGAAGAGGGCAUUCAUGGGUCCGCUGAAGAAGGAUUUGAAGGCACCAGAGGUCACGGCAGAAAAGUCCUAAAGGAAGCCAGGCUCCCAGACCCAGACACAAUAAAUACAGUGUUUUACCUGUUGAACGGCAUGGUCACUGUCAAUGUGUUGUGCAGCCAUACACGGACGAUUAUUCAUUUGUGAAUGGUAUUAAAUGAUUUUGUAGAGGGAAAAUUC